AUGCAUAUAAUGCCGAUUGAGACAGUUGACCUAAUGAAUUUUUAUAACAUUAAAAAAGCAAGUCUUCUGUAGAGGGGCAUAAGUGAAAGCAAAAGAAACUCAAUAUUGAGUACUAAUAACGAUGGAACUUUCAGUCUGCUUUAGACUAAUACGUAGUUAUUAAACAGCAAUAAAAUUGAGAAUCUAAAUUUUAGACAGUUCAUGCUUAAACUUUGUGGUCCUCAUGAAUAAAUAUAGGGCUGUCCGAUAAAUUUUACAGACACAGCUUUCUUCGAUGACUAAGGUAGAAUAACUGAAGUUGUUAGAACUGAUAAAGAUGGCUUUAUAUCAUGUACUAGAUAAGAGUAAAAAUUAAUCUUACAGGAUAUUAGGAGAACCUUUUCCUACAUUGUUAGAGAAAGAAGAAAGGAAUUAUCAUUUGAAUAAAUAAAACUUUAGCAAUAAAGAUAGGCGGAUCUUAAAGAUAAUAAUAGAGAAGGAAGUAGCUCAAAUAUGUUUCUUGAAAAAUAGUUGAGUGUUAUAAGUAAAAAUAAAACAGAGUAAGGUAAUAACAACGAUAACACUGUUAAUAAUCAACAGUUUUAGUCUAUAUAAAAGUCUAGAACAUCCAAAGAACCAUAUAACUAAUCUGCGAUAUUUGAAGAUGAAAAUGGUGAUGAAAACUAGCAACAUUAUAAAGAUGCAGCUAUACUCAGAGAUAAUGAUGGGUGUGUAAAAGUAGAAAAUGAAUCCGAGUUCAUAAGUGAAUUUAGAAGAAGAGCAAAUGAUCCAUUUUGGAAAAGUUUAGAGUGCAUUCAGACUUGUGUAAAAAGUAAAGUAGGAUUAGGCAAGCAUAUUUUCAUUCCAUUUAAAGUAGAAGUAAAAAACAAGGAACAUAUAAACUAAGAAAUUGAGUACUAAUUUGAUUUGAUUGGCAAGAGAGAAGAGUAAAAAGUUAUAGAUGAUGCAUAGUUUCAUGGGAUUAUUUAAACAAACUUUGAGAUUUAAAAAGAAGUUGAAGAAAUAUUGCGAAGGAUUGAUCCUCAUUCUUACUGCCAAAGAUAGGCUUUAAAAAUAGGCUACUAUAUAUAGCAAAUAUAUCAAAUGGAGGUAAUAUAAAUGGAUCUGGACUUCUUUCAAGACGAUAAUGGCAAAAUCUGGUUAUUUUAUGCAAAGAAUGUUACAGUUAGACAUAUGAAAAAGACUGCUCUAUAGCUAUUAAAGGAAUAGUAACAGUAAUUAAUCCAACAGAAUAAAUCACAGUAGAAGUCAAUGGUAAAUAAAAAUCAAUUUUUCAAAGAAGAUUCAUUUUUUACAGGAUAAACUAGCUAGCAAUAAAAUAGGAAAAGAAAGAUGUCAAGUUUUGUCUAGAAUAUGUUCUAGAAGAAGGAUCAGUAUUCAAUUGAUUAGCUUGAAAAGGUGAUGGCUUAGUAUUUCGAUAAUAUGAAAGACAGCUUGAGAAUAAUGAAAGAAUUUGAAAGUAGUGGAACUGAUGAGGAGUCUUCCUCAGCAAUGAAAGCAUUAAGGCCUAAUGUUAAAAAUUUUGAAAAUUCAAGCUAAAAGUUUAAAGAAGUAGUAGCUCAAGAAUCAGCAAGGAGGAAAAAGAUGAUGUAUUCAAAUAAAAAUUUCUAUUCGAUCACUAAAGACUUCAAUAAAAUGAAUAAAACAUUUAUAACUCAAGAUCAGAGCACCAAAAAAGAUAAGAUAAUAAUCCCUUAGAAUGAAUUAAUAAGAAGAUACAAUAAUAAAAGUAUCAAUCAAACUACAAUAGAAAAUAAGGAGACAUAUGAGUCAACUAUUUAGAAUGUCUCAGAAUAUAACAAGACUCAAAUGAAUUAUGCUAAAUCUCUGUAUCUUGAUAAGCUAGAGAAUAAAUCUAAUGCCUCAUCUAAGAUGAAGAAGUUAGACUCUUCUUUCUUUAACAAUAAUGUGUAGGAGUUUAUUAUAAAGAGAAAAAACUAUGAAUAAACUUAGAUUAAUUAAUACAAAGAUAAACUUAAAGAAAAACUAAGAGAUGCAUAUGCAAGAAGAGACAUGGUAAAUACUGCAAUGACUAAUUACUUAGACACGAGUCAGUUGCUCUAAGCUAAUGAGAACAGCAGAAAUAAUAGUCAGUUUAAAGCUUACACUUCUUAGACUGGAAGAAAAUUCAACAAGAGCAGUAUUCUUGCUUCAAAUUAAAAACUAUAUCGCUAGACACAAUAAUAUUGGAAUAGAUCGAGCAGUAAAUAUGAGAUGAAAUAAACAAUAGACUACAAUAGUGUAAACAAGAUAAGCUCAAUGAGAAGUGAAUACUAGUCCACCCCUAUAAUGAACUAGGUUAAUAAAACAGCUUAUUAUUGA